GAGAAACCUUCUAAAUGCACUCUAUGUGGGAAAGCCUUCCCGUAUACCACUGUUCUCAUACGGCAUAAAAGAACACACACUGGAGAGAAACCUUACGAAUGUAACCAGUGUGGUAAAGCCUUUGCACAAAACAGUCAUCUCAUAAGCCAUAAAAGAACACACACUGGAGAGAAACCUUAUGAAUAUAACCAGUGUGGUAAAGCCUUUGCAAAUAACAGUACUCUCUUAAGCCAUAAAAGAACACACACUGGAGAGAAACCUUAUGAAUGUAACCAGUGUGGUAAAGCCUUUGCACAAAAGAGUACUCUCUUAAGCCAUAAAAGAAAACACACUGGAGAGAAACCUUAUGAAUGUUACCAGUGUGGUAAAGCCUUUGCAGAAAACAGUCAUCUGGUAAGGCAUAAAAGAACACACACUGGAGAGAAACCUUACGAAUGUAACCAGUGUGGUAAAGCCUUUGCACAAAACAGUCAUCUCUUAAGCCAUAAAAGAACACACACUGGAGAGAAAACUUAUGAAUGUAACCAGUGUGGUAAAGCCUUUGCACAAAACAGUGCUCUCAUAAGCCAUAAAAGAACACACACU